CUGAAAUGUUAUUGUUGUGUAAUUUUACACCACUAGAGGGCGAUGUUGUAGCGGUGACAGGAGGAUCUCAAUGGAGUAUGGCAAACUGAAUACACGUGUCUUGCUGCUAAAUUUCUUCAUGUAACUUCUGUGUACUGUUGUUACGAAAAGCCAUUCUUUCUGUUCUAUUGACGCUUUUUUUUAAACCGUCAUUCUGCCAUUCAAACCUUUCAAUGGUUUCACCAAUCCUAAACUGCGCACUGGUUUUCUAGCUGCAGCUGGGACGUGAUUACGAUCGCCCUUCGGUGAUCAGUUUCCAGCUAAAUUAAAAGCAGCCCCAAUCAGCAGCUGUAGGUUAAAUCUCUUUUAAGCUCCACCCACUCGUAGAACCGCAAAAUCCCCCCCAUCUCCCCGGUGAUUAAAACGUGCGGACCCCAUGACUCACUGAUCCAAAAAGUCGCUGAUCCUUGCGCUCUUUUUAAUUUCCUUUAAACUGCGAUGCCUUUAAAUCGUUUCUCUGUCAGCAGUUGCCUUUUAAAAUGUUUGAAAUCUUUUAAUUACAUCCCGCUAAGAGGAUUUAGAGGUGGAGCAGCUUCCUUGAGCUCAGUGAGCUUAAAAGGUCGCAGCUGUCUCACACUUAAAGAUUUCAGCUCCGAUGAAAUCAAGAGGCUGCUGUGGGUCUCAGCGGACCUCAAGCAUCAGAUAAAGCAUGGAAAGCAGUAUCUGCCUCUUCUGCAAGGAAAGGCGAUUGCAAUGAUAUUUGAGAAGAGGAGCACCAGAACAAGAAUGUCCACAGAAACAGGUUUUGCUUUGUUGGGUGGACACCCCUGCUUCCUAACCUCACAGGACAUCCACUUAGGAGUAAAUGAAAGCUGCGCCGAUACGGCAAGGGUUCUCUCUGGACUUUGCGAUAUCGUUUUGGCGCGGGUUUACAGUCACUCCACGCUGGAGGAGCUGGAUCGAGAGGCUUCCAUCCCCAUCAUUAAUGGACUCUCUGAACUUUAUCACCCCAUCCAGAUUCUGGCAGACUUCCUCACCUUACAGGAGCAUUAUGGGUCUCUUAGUGGACUUACAGUGAGCUGGAUUGGAGAUGGAAACAAUGUCCUCCACUCCUUCAUGAUGACUGCUGCCAAACUGGGGGUUCAUCUAAAGGUUGCCACACCAAAGGGUUACGAACCAGACAAGGGAGUAACUGAAGAGGCGCAGAGGCUGUCCAAGCAACAUGGUACCCAACUUGUUCUGACCUCGGAUCCGAUGGAGGCUGCCCAUGGCAGCAAUGUGUUGGUGACCGACACCUGGGUCAGCAUGGGCCAGGAAGAGGAGAAGAAAAGGAGGCUAAAAGAUUUCCAUGGCUACCAGAUUACAAUGCAGACCGGAAAUGUGGCCAAACCAAAUUGGACAUUCCUGCACUGCCUUCCCCGGAAGAUGGAGGAGGUGGAUGACCAAGUGUUUUACUCAUCCCGCUCCCUCGUCUUUCCUGAGGCUGAGAAUAGGAAAUGGACCAUCAUGGGUUUGAUGGUUUCUCUUUUGACCGACUACACUCCACAGAUCUCUAUGCCAAAGUUUUAAACUUAACGUGCAAUUUAUUUUUGACCUACUGAUGAAAAAACAUGUGUUAACAGAAUUUGUGUCUACUUUUAUAAUUGCUACAUUUACCAACAAGGAAACAGUUAUUGCAAUUUACUUACAUCCAUCUGAACUUGAUGUAGGGUGCCAGCAAUAAAUAAAAGGAUUGUGUGCGUUGUGAUUGA